AUAGAAACUCCACUCCAGUGGUGGACGGAACGUGACGCGAGCAACUCCUCGAUAACGGAUAUCUUCCUUUCGCUAGCCAGCUAUCCGUCAAAUCGAAGAAAGGCAUCAUACAACGCGAAAAAAGUGUGCUAAGCGUUUAAGAACAAUUUUGAAGGUUCGAGGUAGACUACUGUACGAAACAGGACGAAACAGGAAUUUUUAACACACGAAUAGGAGGAGUAUAGCGAGCUCUCUUCUUCCUAGAGAGCCUCUUAGUGAAAACGAGCAAACGUGUCACCGAGUGAGAUAAAAACAAAGUGUGCUUGAAGCAUUUGAGAACAGUUUCGAAGUGUCCAGUCAGGUUAUUAAAGAUCUCUGCGAAAUCAGAAAUUUUUGAGGAAUAGUGGAUGUGUAGUAAGUCCUCUUCAUCAUCGAGAGCCUCCUCUUCGAGGAACCGAAAGUAUCGUCGCCGUGUCACCGAGUGUAAUACAAAAAAACUGUGCUUGAAGCAUUUGACAACCAAUAUUGAGUUUCAAGUUAGCAUACCAGACUGGGAGUAGUGGUGCACCGCGGAAGUGCAAACAAUGGAUAUGAGAAGAGCAGAGGCAAAGUAGCAGGCUGCAGGUAGAGGAACAGCGAGGGCGAACAAGAAGAAAGAAACGACUCGACUAAAGGAGACCGACACAGGGGACGGUGCGAAGGGAGAAGACGAAUUAGCCAAAGUCUGAUAGAGAAUCGUUCGUGGGGAGGGGGGGAGGGGGGUAACCAAAGAAAGUCAGACAAGUCGAAGAGGGCUAACGAAAAGAUGAAGGAGAACGGCUUGUGGACGUUGGUUUGGGCGGUGUGUGUGAUAAUAGGCCUGAGCAUGGGGCAAACAUUACAAUCUUGUCCCUCCCACCAUGACAUCGCACCCUGCUUCUGCAGCCUCAAGAAAUCCGGCUUGGAUAUCGUGUGCGAGUUCACGGACAUGGCGCGUAUCUCCAAGGUCAUGAGCACGCUCAAGAGCAAGUUGAACACAGUCAUCUUUUACCUGAGGCUGAGGCACAACAACUUGCCGAAAUUGCAGCGAUACGUGUUCCUCGGCCUCGACAUACGCCACCUAACCAUCCACAACAGCAGCCUCGCGGUCCUCGAGGAAUCCUCCCUCAGCUCUAUCGGAACUGGCUUGACGCAGCUGGAUCUGUCGCAAAAUGCUUUGCUCACGGUGCCGUCGGUUGCGUUACGGGAUCUUCACCACGUGUUGAUUCUGAAUCUGAACCGCAACAAGAUCAAUGCCAUUCACGGGGAGGCUUUCGAGGGACUCGACACUCUUGAAAUCCUUUCCCUGUACGAAAACAAGAUUUCCACCAUAGAAGAGGACGCCUUUAAAGGACUGCACAAUAGAAAACUGAAGAGAUUGAACCUGGGAGGAAACGAAUUGCCCAAAGUACCGACGAAAGCGUUGAUUUCACUGGAUGUGCUGAAGAAAUUGGAGAUGCAGGAGAACCGAAUCACUGGAAUUCAAGAGGGUGAUUUUGAAGGAUUGAGAAACCUGGAUUCAUUAGUUCUGGCUCACAAUCAGUUGCGCGAAGUCCCGGCUCGUGUGUUCUCACACUUGACGCAAUUAAACUCUUUGGAGCUUGAAGGAAAUCAGAUUACCCACGUGGAUCCCGAUGCGUUCAUUGGGCUCGAGGAAAAUCUACAAUAUUUGCGGCUUGGCGAUAAUAAUUUACAUUCGGUGCCGAGCGAUGCAUUGCGCCGUCUACAUCGACUACGUCACCUCGAUUUAAGAGCCAAUAACAUUUCCGUACUCCCGGAGGACGCCUUCACCGGAUAUGGAGAUUCGAUUACAUUUCUGAACCUCCAGAAAAACUUGAUAAAGGUGUUGCCGCCGUUGGUCUUUGAAAAUCUCAACUCCUUGGAAACGCUACUUCUGCAGAACAACAAGUUGUCCCACAUACCGGAAGAAGUGAUUGAGAAUAUUGUCGACACACUUCGAGACCUCGAUAUCACGGACAAUCCCCUCAUCUGCGACUGUGAGCUACGAUGGUAUUCCGUCUGGCUUGGGAACCUACGCGACAAGGACGACGAAAUGAUGUCGAAAAAGCACACGAUAUGCGUGAUGCAGCACGAGCACCGAGAAUACGCUGUGCAGAGCAUACCCCUGGAAAGAAUGGGCUGCGUGGGGAAAAACGCGGGAAGAACAUCCUCAUCGACAGCCGAUAGUCGCAUCUACGUGGACACAAUCUUCCAGAUACUGGCCAUCGCCGUCGCCGUCGCGGUGCUCUAACUGCAACCAUUCAUCCAAUACUCGGCGAUCUCGAUCACCCCUCGUUUAUAAACCCAACAGAGCCCAGAUUUUCCUUUUAUUUGAAUUUACGUGGCCCCCCCCCCCCCCCCACCUGACCAAUCCGUCACUGAGGUAUCCAACGUUGGGCAACAUCUAAUCAGUAAUUAUGAUCGAUAAUUAAAUUUGCGGAUUUCAUGAAUUUAAUUGAGCAGCGAAUGUGAGAAAUUCGUGAUAAACAUAAUCAGAAAGUAUGUGCGCACUUAUGCGAAACGGAAAUAUUAAUAUUAAUAUUAUGACAGCACUUUGUGGAGUAUAUUCUACAUUCAGUUAGUUACGUAAGUAUUCAUUCUGUCUAUUGAAAGAAGUAUAAAUGAAAUGAUAAGUUCGAUGCGUACAUUUAAAUUUUAGAUUAUAGAUAUAUACAUGUAAUUCAUGUACAUAUUUAUAAUAAAACAUCCAACCUAUCAUUUAACUUUACAUUUUACAGAUUGUUAGUACCCUACUAAUCGUCUUUUUGCCGUGGCAAGCAAUACUUUCUUAUCUUAUAAUAUUAAUGAGAUGACAUUGGAUGCUCCCGUCAUUGCAUGAAUUAUGAAAUAUUAUAUAAAUAUUAAUUUAAAAACAAUUAAACUAACAGAUAAAAUAAAUUAUUGAAUUUAAUUAUAUGUCCAAACCUUAAUGAUCAAGGAAGUGCUUAUUUAGACAAAUUUUGCCAAUAUACACAAACGGUACGAAUAUUUAUGAGACUGACUGUAUAUUAUAGUUUCUCUAUGUUUUUAUUAUUAGUGGUACGUCAUAAAUGCAUAAAAUCCACAGUUUAUCGAUUAAUUCGUUCGUUGCUGGGAUAAUAAAAUAUGUUUUCCCCUCCAAAAUCGUUGAUACCUUUUUAAUUGAAAUUUCACAUGGUUUCUUAAAAAGAUUGGGUCUCUAAAUCCCACUUAGGAGUAGGUGAGAAACUCAGGGAAAGGUAAAUCCUCCGCAACGAACUUAAUAACUAGACUGUGGAUGUUUAUGCAAAUUCACACUUUCACAGAUUCAGAUAAAGAAUUCAGAUUGAAGUGAAAGUCUUAUCUUCCUAAACUGUGUAAUAUGUAUUUUAUCACUGAUAUUUUAUAUAUUCUUGCAUUCGUGCAUGUCCUCAUAAAUUUUCUCACAUUUUCUCACAUUUUCGAUUGCUAUAAAUGCACAAACAUCCGCAGUCUAGUGAUGACGAACAAUCUUAGCCCUCGAAAAUUACGAAUUACUUAUUCACUAUUGAGGGUUACAAACGUAGUCCAUGAUUACUGAUCGAUCUGACAAUUGCGAUUGUUGGAGUGAUUGCAAAUUACUGCCCAACCUUGGAGCAAUCGUGCCACGAUCGCGGAGACGUGGCACGAUUCCCUCAGCGUAUAUCCUCCCUCGUGGAAUCGUUUCCACGAUCCCAACGGAAGUAUCGACGAGCAAGGAGCUCCCGAUACGAUUUAUCUUGCGAUCGAGAGUGGGAAGCCCGGAGUAUCGAUAGCUGGUCGAUUGGUACCGUUCAUUUCUAAUCGAACGUUCAACUUUUAGGCGAGACUUGCGACUUUUCCUAUCGUUAUUUCAUGUCUGGCUAUAGUCCUCGAGAAAGUAGAAUUAUAAACUGGAAGAAUCGAGUGCGACUGUCCCGAGAGAGAAAUGAGAAUUAAAUUUUUACGUCGUCGUGGUAAUGUACUCAAUCGUUUGGAAUCGGAGAGAACUGAAAGUAUUUACCGUGGCGUUUUAUCGAAUACAUAUCAACAGCUUUUUCUAAAAUUUAAGGUAGCAAGCGUAAGCGUCGUUUAACGUAAAUACGCCACGAAAUGGGGAACGUCAGACAUGUCAUUUCGCUAUAGCUUUAGUUUAUUAAAGCCUUUAGAUCGCCUGCGUUUCAGUUGUAAAAAGGAAACAAAAAUAAGUAAAAAACAAAAAAAAAAACACUAGGAACAAACAAUCGACGAGCGUCGAUCGUUAAACUCGAUCGAGGAAUUCACUCGACUAGGAGACGAUUCGAUGGAGUAUGACGCUUGCAUCUCAAUCGUCACUUUUGAUCGAUACGGAGACCUCGAUCGCGACGCUCGAUUUCUUCGAUCGAGAGUCAUGGAUCGAGGUAUACCCGAAAUAAAAAGGGAGUAUCUCGAUUGUGAAAUGCGAUAACAGGGUGAAAAUGAGGAUCCUCGAUUCCAUUGUUCGAAGGAGCCUAAGGUCACCGAACGUUACAUAUCAAGAUCGUUGCCAAGUGUUUUCUGGAUGUCUGUUAAAUUCGCGACGUGGGCGAGAAUCGUAGUAUAUUCGAUAGGGAAUUCGAAUGUCCGCUGUUUAACUAUCAUUCGAUUAUACACGGGCAUUCGUCUCAUACAUAUCAAAGCGUUCCUGAAACGUUGGAACGAGUAGUCGGCAUUUUAAUGUUCAACUUCGUGCGUCACAAUCUCUCGCGAUAACGAAAUAGAAAUAGGAGUAAGUGCUUUAUAAUUUCAUUUUGUUGCUGAACGAUGGGUCAUGAUUGUAAAAUAAUACGCUUAGAAGCGACAAAUUUUAACAAUAUACUUGAAAGUAUCAAACUUUAACAAUAUUAUUCGUCAAAAAAUUCAAUAAUUUUUUACGAUUCUCUUCGUAAUUUUGUAAAAACGUUCAUUUUUCGAAGUACUUAAAAUUUGAUCAGACUCUUAUCCGCAAUUUUGAUGACUCGACACUAUCUGGGGUGUAAUAAUUGAAUAUACAAAAAAGGUAAUAAAUAAGUAAAAUAAUCAACGAUACAAGCUUAAAAGAAACAAAAUAUAUGAUGUUCCUAAACUUAUAUUUCGUUCCUUUAAAAAUGAUUCAAGUCAAUCGACGUUAAAAAUUAUGAGGAUAAUCCAAUACCAGAUAUCGAAAACCACAUUUGUACUAAUAAUUAUUUUACUAAUUUGGCUGGAAAUUAAAAAUAUUCAGAAAUGCGAUAGAAACAUAGUAUUUAAUUUUUUGCGUGCUUCUGUUCGAUUCUUUCUACAUAUUACUUUUCGUAUUAGUCACACAGAAAAGUACAGUAAAGACGUAGUAUUUAAUUUUGUCUAUACAUCAAUUCGUUCUUUCUAUUACCUUUCUAUAUUGGUUACACAGAAAAAUGUACUAAAAACAUAUGAGUUUUUUUCAAUCAAAGAAUCGAUCUUCGAGGCUUCCUCCUCGGUGAUAUCUUAAGAUCGUUCCAGAUGUUUAACUCGAUUCACAAAGGAACCGACCCGGUCGAGAUGAAAUAACGACUGCUGAUGGAACGUAAUACACUCAACAGGAAACCGACACUUGUCAAUUCCGGUACAGCAUGAACGCGAUCAUUCAAACGGCUCGUUGGCCAUCGUUUCGUGGCUCUACUGCUACCUAGAUAAAAUUACGCCGUCUUUCAGCAACGCCCGCGAUCAAACAUCAAAAACGGAUGUUCUAAGUACGUCGCAGUAACGCUUUCGCAACCACGAACAUUUCACUUUAACACCUUCAAUUCCCCUUAAGGGAAGACACCACAUUGAAAGACCAAAUAUUAAGUGUUUUUCAGGAUUUUUUCUUACAGAAAAGAAUUUAUUUAACGUUUGUUUAACUUUGAGAAUAGUUUAGAUAUAUCUUAAGGUACAUUUCGUUAUCUUUUCAAUUCAUUUCACACUGAAAUUUUUGAGAUAUCAGUUGUAUAGCAAGCUUUCACCUGAGUUCGCCGUUGGUAAGAAUUCUGAAUUUUUUUUUACAUUAUUAACACGUCUUCGAAGAAUAUGAACUAAAUUGCGGUCAAGAAAUGUAAAAAUUGAAUAUUUUGAGAGUAUUGAAAGUAAAAGACCCAAUUUUUACCAUUUUUCGUAUAGCUUUUUGCAAUAAAAAACCUACUUUAAACAUCGAUAUCAUUGCAAUAUUGAAUUCAGUCAUCUAUAUAAAGUAAGCGUAUAUAAAAUUUGAAAGCAAUCGGCUAAUUAGUUCUUGAGUUACACUUCUCACAACUUGAAAAAAUUCGCAAUUUUUCAAAGAUUUUUGUGUGAAAUAAAUCGAAAAAAUUGCCUAAUCUACUUCAAAACAUACCUAAAACAUAUUCGAUAUUAAAAUAAAAAUUCAAUAAUUCCUUCUCUGUAAAAAAAAAUCACGAGAAACGUUUAAUAAUUGACCCUAUAAUUGUGAUCCCCCCCCCCCUUAAUUAUAGAUUGUGACGUACGAAUGCGUCUGCUCGUGUAUGGCAAGUUGCGAAAUGUGUUCGAAGUUAACGUUUAGGAACGCUACAACGUCGAGGACUUGUAAUAUUUUUCGAUGAAUGUGAAAAAUUAAUUGUGGGGAGGGAGAGGGCAAACACUGUCAUAGGAUUGGGGCUAACGGGUCAGUUUUACCGGGGCCUCGGGUUUACACCGAAAAAAACAUAGUUAAGAAAUUUCGUAUACUCUCAAUGAUAUAAUUCUCAAUUCGGUGAUACCAACGUUUCGGUAGAAGGCGCAAUAUUAAUGAAUUGUUUGAAUUUAUUCUGAUUUAUUAUCGAGUAUCGAGUAUGGAGAGUAUCAUACUUCAAGCAAGAUCUGCUAAAUUCAUGUCUUAAUGAUGAGUGCAAUUCGAAGAUGAUAAUUCAAUUGAGCAU